AUGAUAUUUCUAAUACCUCAAAGGUACAUAUUAGCAAUAAUGGGUUUUUUAGCCAUAGCCAAUGCUUAUCAAUUAAGAGUUUGUUUAAAUAUUGCCAUAACUCAAAUGGUUGUACCAAAAAAUUCAACAGGAAAUCCACCAUUAAAUGAUAAUUUGUUUGAUUGGUCCGAAGAAACUCAAAGUAUUAUAUUGGGUGCUUUUUAUUACGGGUACGUAAUAACCCACAUGCCUGGAGGAAUAGUCGCCGAUCAUUUUGGUGGAAAAUAUACACUAGGAUUGGGGAUAUUAUGUACGGCCAUUUUUACUUUACUCGUACCUUUGGCAGCUAAAUCCGGCGUUGUUUGGUUAAUUGUUGCCAGAGUGAUUACUGGAUUUGGUGAAGGUACUACCUUUCCAGCAUUAAAUGUUCUUUUAGCAAGAUGGAUUCCUUUAGAAGAAAGGGGUUUCUUAGGAAGUUUGGUCUUCGCAGGAUCUCAAAUAGGUUCAAUUAUCGGGAUUCUUUUAUCUGGAUUUUUAUUAGAAAGUUACAAAGAUCAAUGGGAAAUUGUUUUUUAUGUUUUUGGAGGUAUCGGUAUAGGUUGGUUUGUUUUAUGGACCCUUUUAUGUUACUCCGAACCAGAAUGUCAUCCUUACAUAUCUGACGAAGAGAAAAAUUUUUUAAAACAACAUAUAAUAAAACCUCCAAAAAAAAGACCGUCUCCACCGUGGAAAAAAGUAUUCACUUCAGUGCCCCUUUGGGCCCUUAUUUUUGGUCAAAUAGGACACGAUUGGGGUUUUUAUACCAUGGUAACUGAUUUGCCGAAAUACAUGCAAAAUGUUUUAAAUUUUAAAAUAUCAGAAAAUGGUAUAGUAUCGUCCAUACCUUAUGCCGUCAUGUGGAUAGUAUCCAUGAGUUCGGGUUGGCUUGCAGAUUUUUUAAUCAAAAAAAAAUUAUUGAAUGUAACAAACACUAGAAAAUUAUUUACAACAAUUGCUCACGUUGGUCCAUCCAUAACUUUAAUUGCUGCUUCUUACGCUGGAGAAGAUAGAGUGGUUGUAGUCACGUUAUUUGCAAUGACUCUGGGUUUAAUGGGCACAUUUUAUCCUGGAAUGAAAAUUAAUGCAUUAGAUUUAAGUCCGAAUUUUGCAGGAACACUCAUGGCAGUCAUAAAUGGAAUAGGAGGAAUCACUGGAAUUAUUUCUCCACUAAUAGUAGCAGUUUUGGCACCCAAUCAAACCGACGCAUCCGAAUGGAGAUUAGUUUUUUGGAUAACUCUAGGAAUAAAUGCUAUAACUGGAUUAGUUUUCAUAUUUUUCGGUUCUGGAGAAUUACAACCUUGGAACGAUCAUGGAUUUUCAAAGGAAGAGAUAGACGAAGAGAAAAAAGAUGAGAAAAAAUUAGAAGAAAACAAUUCUUGA